AUGUUCCACGACACUGCGCGGCAAGACCGUGUCCAAUUUAGAGGUCUCGGGAACAAGAAACUCCCGUGUUUGCAUCACUUCUACAUCGUGAUCGUGGUUCUGUUCGCCGCCCUGAAACGCCAGCGCAAGAAGGAGCCGCUGAUCAUCUCCAAAGAGGACGUGCGCGACAACGUGGUCAGCUACAACGACGAGGGCGGCGGCGAGGAGGACACGCAGGCCUUCGACAUCGGCACGCUGCGAAACCCGGAGGUCAUGGACGCCAACAAGCUGCGGCGAGACAUCAUUCCCGAGAUGCUGUUCCCGUUCCGCCGCAGUUCCCCCAUCAAGGACAACACCGACGUGCGAGACUUUAUCAACAGCCGGUUGCAGGAGAACGACACAGACCCCACCGCGCCUCCUUACGACUCGCUGGCCACCUACGCCUACGAGGGAAGCGGCUCGUUAGCGGAGUCGUUGAGUUCGCUGGAAUCGGCGGCGACAGAAGGCGACCAAGAGUACGAUUACCUAAGCAACUGGGGCCCGCCGUUCAAAAAGCUAGCGGAAAUGUACAUAGGCAAAACAGCGGACACCUAG